AUGCUCGGCGAACGGAUCAACAGCCACCUGAUCAACAACAAACAACUAACGAAUGCUCUAGUUGCGGAUUCUGGUGUAGGCGUGUUUCAACUUGAUCAAGUAGCGAUAUACUCAAGCAAAGAGCUGUUGCAUUUCAAGGCUAAGUUGGAUGAUUUGACGUUCAUCAGUGCAAAAAGAGCAAUGACCCUGCGCGUCUUCUUCUUUUACAGUUGGUCACGAAAAUAUUUGUUCAUUGGAGUCUCGGGAUCCAACUACCAGUUUAACAACAUGCCGGGUGACAUAUCGAAUCCCUGA